GUGCGGAAACCUCUCCCUUUUAUACCCCUUCUGACUCCAUUCUUUCCAUUUCUUCUCCAUACGGAGAUGACCAUUUUUACACCUUCUUUCAAUCGCUACUAAUCUGUACCCUCUUCCCCUGUUUCUUGGCCUUUUCGCUUUUCGAUUCUAUCCAGUUCUCCGUUUUUCCCUAUCCUUUUUCGCUUAUUUUCGGGGACCCUUUUCCCUAAUUUCACUAAUUUUUCACUUCCCCCCUCCAAUUUCGACCAAUUUUUGGUGGGUUAAUGGGGAUUGAGCGAUAUCUGGCUGAUCGCAAGGGGAAACAGUUUUGUGAAUUACGUAAAGAAACAACUACGAAUAACAAGUCGAGAAAGAACCGGCGGCGGACUAGGAAGUCCUCGCCGUUGCCGGUUCAGAAACUCUAUGAAACUUGUAAUGAAGUAUUUGCUUCUGGUGGGAUUGGAAUCGUUCCCCCUUUUGAGGAUAUUGAACGGGUACGAGAUGUUCUGGAUAAAAUGGAGCCAGUAGAUGUUGGGUUGUCGCCGGAGAUGCCGUAUUUUCGGACGACAGCCGGUCGACGAACUCCUCCUAUAACAUAUUUGCACCUUUAUGAGAGCAACAAAUUCUCUAUGGGAAUAUUUUGCUUGCCUCCUUCAGGUGUCAUUCCACUUCACAACCAUCCUGGAAUGACAGUCUUUAGCAAGCUUCUCUUUGGGACCAUGCACAUUAAGGCAUACGACUGGGUGGAUGGCGGCGCUGUGAAUGGCACGUCUACACGUGCCAACGUCUCGCGUGGCAGAGCUCCUUCAAGAAGUAUUCGGUUAGCGAAAGUCAAAGUAGAUGCAGACUUCACGGCACCAUGCGACUCGUCGAUUCUUUACCCUGCAGAUGGAGGAAACAUGCAUUGCUUCACAGCUGUGACAGCGUGUGCAGUGUUAGAUGUGCUCGGCCCGCCAUACUCCGAUCGAGACGGUCGGCAUUGCUCAUACUACCUUGACCAUCCCUUCACAAAAUUUUCAGUGGAGGAGGGGGUUUCGGUCCCAGAAGCAGAUAGGGAAAGGUACGCAUGGCUUGAAGAAAGAGAGCAACCUAAAGACUUGGCUGCCGUUGGAGCAGUGUACAAAGGGCCAAAGAUAGUAGAGAAUCGAUGAACUCUCUGCAAAUGAGAUCUUGUUCAUUCCAUACAGUGCUGUCAUGGACUGCUACCAUUUGUGUGCAGCAUACAAUCUUUGUUUACUUCUAGAAGAAACAACAGAGAGAGAGAGAGAGAGAGAAUUAAAAUAAGGUUCUUUUAUUGAUGUUUCUUGUUUUGUGGAACAUGAAUUAGGUGCUCCCUUCAUCCUUCCUUCUUACUGUUUUUAAUCAUGUUUUGUAUGUAUAUAUAGUGGAGUUAGAAAGGGACUGAGUAUAAAGGAGUAUGAAUUUCUUAUGUUC